AUGGAUGCCGAUCCGAUGGAAAAUUUCCAGCACGCUUUAGACACUUUGUCUUGCUGGUCCUGUUCUUCCUUGGACGCGGAGAUGACUCGAGCGCAAUUGCAUCUGGCUAGCGUAGCCAGCCAAGUGCGUAACUUGCUUGAUACGGAUGAAGUGGUUGCUUUCGGACCGUUCCUUUACGUUUACAUUCGUAAAACUUCUCUGGUCACAAUCGCAUUGUGCAAUCCAUUGUCACUUGCCAUCCUAUCCAAAUACGUUCUGAUGGCCAAAGCAGCCGUUCGACCCAAACUUGUAAGUUAUACAUUCUCUGUCGAAUACAUGCGCCAUCCAUUCUUCUAUUCUCUUACCGCUCAGUAA